UUUUUUUUUUUUUGGUGGCUGGAGAUCUGAACUCAGGCUGCAUUAGUCUGAGUGUCACCCUGAGACUACAAAGGGAAGUCGAGGCCCCAGGUCCAACUGGCACUGCCAACCCACCUACCUAGUCUCUUCUGGGCCCUGGGAACCUUCCCUGGACUCUGGUUGAUUCUGUGUCCAUCACUCUAUCGAUGCAGGCCUCACAGCAGCGCAAAGUGACCGUAGUCUAUGCAGGAACCCUUCUCUUUCCCUAACACCCUCCUCCCUUGCAGGUGCCCCCCUCUCCGGUGGUCCAUAUCCACUAAUGGACCUUUUAGGAUCAGCAUAGACCACUAACCCUCAGCCUGCGGUCACCGAAGCCCCGCCCUCGGCCCCCGUAGCACCAACUGGGCGAGCAUGCGUAAAGCGCGGCCCCACCUCGGCGUUGCCUUGGUGAUCCAGGAUGGACCACGCCCAUCGGGCUGGUCCUCCGCACUGUCCCAGCGCCGCGGCGGGCCGGGUGUCCUCCUUCAGUCCCGGAGCCAAGCUGCGCGGAGCGGUCGAGCACCGGAGAUGUGGAAGCUGAGCCGAAGUCGAGUGCUUCUGGACGAGCCCCCCGAGGAAGAGGAUGUGCUGCGAGGGGCACCGCCAGCAUCAGCAGCCGCCCCGGCGUCGGUGAGGGCACGCGUAGGGGCGCAGGUGCGGGCCGCGGGGUGCUCUGGAGGCCGAGCGCAGGGAGCAAGUCUCAGAGGUUGGAAAGAAGCAACUUCUCUGUUUAAUAAAGAUGAUGAAGAACAUCUCCUCGAGACUUCCAGAUCUCCUAAGUCCAAAGGAACUAACCAACGACUAAGAGAAGAGCUGAAGGCAGAGAAGAAAUCAGGAUUUUGGGACGCCUUGGUUUUGAAACAGAAUGCCCAGCCUAAAAAACCAGAUCAGAUCGAAGGUUGGGAGCCUCCCAAACUUACUGCUGAAGACGUGGUCGCCGACCAUACCGAGGAUGAUAGAAGUGGCUGCCCACCCUGGUCUGCCUGGGAGGACGAUACCAAGGGCUCUACCAAGUACACCAGCCUCGCCAACUCAGCCAGCAGCUCCCGCUGGAGCCUCCGGUCAGCGGGAAAGCUGGUCAGCAUCAGGCGACAGAGCAAAGGCCACCUGACAGAGACCUGUGAAGAGGGAGAAUGAACCGAAGGCGCAUCACAUUGCUUUAUGGUUGGCAAGCCCGCCAGCCGCCUACUAGUGCACCAUUAAUUCUUGAGCCCUCUCAUACCCGGGGAAGGAACCCACUGAGUUGCUAGUGUUUCGUGCUCAGUGACCCACACACACCAUGGCUUCCGGGUGACAUCUGGUUGCCUUGCUGCGGAAACAUCCACCCACUGGGUGCAUAUAUGCUGAAUGGAUGUGUGCGCUGUAGACACUGUCCUGUGAGCCAGUCUCCUCUAAGUUCAUGCCAGCCUCAGUCACUUGAGAUUUUAGGACGUCCCCAUCUUGUCUCUGCAUGCAACAUGAGUGUUGUGGCUAUCUGAACAUGGCCUCUGUGGCACCUCUCCCCUUGUCAGAACGCAAGAAGCAUCUUCCGAAGGUUACAGUAAUUCAGUGUAACAAUAGAUUCAUUUUUCCUCAUUCAGUUACAAACGAAGCAAAAUCUAGAUGCUGGAAGCAACUGAAGGUGGUUUGAGGUAGGGUGUCAGGACAUCUUGAGGGGCGCAUCUGCUGAGGAGGAGUGGCCUGCAGUGUGGGCCUGGGUAGCAAGUAGUUCUUUUAUGGAAUUCUAUUUUUACUUUUGAACGUUUAAAUACAGAUCUUUAUUUUCUUCAAAUAAAUGUUGAUUUUAAACUUAAAGAUGGAAGAAACACUAGGAAUAAGUUUUAGUCACCCAGUAAUCUUGACUUUGCUUGGAAAACAUUAACUUGCUUACUGUAGCGUUAAACUGUGGAUAAAACACUGAAGUGCCUCGUUUCUAUUCUCAGAUGCUUAGUUUUUCAAAAUGAAAAACUUUUAUGAUUGAUGUGAAGUCUAUAAGAAGUGUCUCUACCCCCUAGUUCUGCCUGUCUCACACUGCUGACUGUCCUCGGUUGCGGUCUCAGUAGGGAAUGUUCACGUGGUGCGCAUGUUUGUCUUGUUUUCCAGUUACAGUGCUUGGACAGGGGAGCCGUGGUUCUCUUUGUUUUGGUUAAUAAUGAAAAGCCUCCAGUCACACUGUCCUCGAGUCUCCACAGUGUAAGCAGUGUGCUUCGUGUACCUGCGUGUCCCACGCAAUGUUCUGUGGCACAGCUGAGUGGCCCGGGUUUACUAGAUCUACCUGUCAUUCACAGCUACCUGUCUGUCUACCACCCAGCUUGCCAGCCACCCGUACCCAUCCACCUGUCCACACAUCAGUCUGUCCACCCAUAAACCAAGCUAUUAAUCUUCUAACAAUAGAACAAUAAGUUUACUUAGUGAGCUUUGAGAGGAGGGUUCAAAUAAAAAAUUGUUAACACCUGGAAGUUGUGAAAUUAUGGAGAUUUUGAUUCAUAAUGCAAAGCAUGUAAUUUUUACUAUAACAUGUGAGUGUGAAAAUCUCUAUCCUCAGGUAACCGGUUGAGUGCAUGAGCUCUGACUUCGAAACGAGGUAACUGUAGGAUCGGAAGGAAGAGCAGGCUCAUGCUGUCGCCCACAGCAGGACCCCACUGGUGUGUCUGGCUAACCACCUGUGGCCCAGGAAUACAAACCCAGCCUUGAGAAUGUAGGGAAGGAGCUCUUGAACACAACACAGCCUCUGUCUGUGUCUACUGGGCCUGUGCUGAGUGCUAAGUGCCUGUAGCUCACUGCACCCGUGUGCCUGAGAUGCAGUGUUGCACGUUGACACAGGGACUUUUACCCUGUCUCCUCUCAGGAGGUGAAGAUGCACUGUAAACCAGAAAGAUUAAUUACAAAUGAUUUUUUUCUUCUGUUGUAUCAAAUUAAAAUAUCUUGUGUUCGAGA